GCGGGGAGAGGGUGCUGGGCUGGCCCACCCACUCGGCCUCUGGUGGCGGGAGGUGCGACGGGCACGAGGGAAAAUGCCCGCAGCCGUCGCCAAGGGUUACUCGACCCCUUCCCGGGCCCCGGGCCGUGCGGAAGGGUGGUGGGGGAUGGCUGUGGAGCUGAUGACCUGCCAGAGUCAUCAGAGCUGUGGGGCUCUUCCCUGACCUAGGGGCCCCGCGCUCUGGGUCCAUCAGCGUACGAGCCAGUACAGGCGCGGGGCGGCCCCCGCGUCCCUCGCUGCCGCCUUCCCUCCCGCUCCCUCCCUCCCCGCCUGUUGUUUUCCUCUUCUCUCCCGGCUGCGCGCAGCCGGAGCCCCACAGGACCUGGGCAGGCGGCUCCCGCCCCGGGCUCUCGCGGCAGCUGAGCGGAGCGCCCAGAGCCCGCUCCCCGAGCGCUCGCUCGCUCCUUCCUGGCGGCCCAGGACGCGCGGAAUCGACCCCAGACCCCAGCCCAGGGCUCAGCUCCCCUCCGACCCACCAAUUGGGUCGGGUGGCCAACCGCCACCCACAAAUCCCGUCUUGGAGAAGCCUCAGCCCCACACCUGGGUCUGCCCUUCUCCUCAAAACAAUAAUUAUCUUUGCCGCCGUGUGGAAGAAGCCCUCCCUUAUCACAUCCCCACCCGGGGCCCUUCUCCCCAUCCUCCAGCCAUUCAGCUGUGACCCCCGGCGGCCGAGUACACACAGGUCUGCCGCCUUGAGCCCAGCCCUCAGAGCUUCCCCUCCUACUGUCCCUCUGCCCCACCCUUGGGUCCUGGCAGGCAGGGCCACCGCACACAGCCCCAGGCUUGGCCAGGGCCAGAAAAGAGACCACAAACCCCUUUGGAGCCCUCCAGACCUCAGGCAUCCCCCACCCUCAUCCCAGGGUCACCAGCAAAUCCAGAUGCUGCCCAGCUGUGAGCUGGUGCCCCGGUGCUCAUAACGAGAUACGUAAGGUCAUCUGUGGCCAGGAUGAUGGUCCCCCUGGCUCAGAGGACCCUGAGCGUGACGACCCUGAGAGCCAGCCCCGGCCCCGGAUGCCUCGAAAGCGGGGCCACAUGUCACCUAAGUCCCGCCCCAUGGCCAGCUCUACUCUCCUAGGCCUGCUGGUUCCACCUGGCGAGGCAUGGGGGGUCCUCGGGCAGCCCCCCAGUCGCCCGAACCACAGCCCCCCACCGUCGGCCAGAGUGAAGAAAAUCUUUGGCUGGGGUGACUUCUACUCCAACAUCAAGACGGUAGCCCUGAACCUGCUCGUCACGGGGAAGAUCGUGGACCACGGCAAUGGGACCUUCAGCGUCCACUUCCGACACAAUGCCACGGGCCAGGGCAACAUCUCCAUCAGCCUCGUGCCCCCCAGUAAAGCUGUAGAGUUCCACCAGGAGCAGCAGAUCUUCAUUGAAGCCAAGGCCUCCAAAAUCUUCAACUGCCGGAUGGAGUGGGAGAAGGUGGAACGGGGCCGCCGGAUCUCGCUCUGCACCCACGACCCAGCCAAGACCUGCUCCCGAGACCACGCUCAGAGCUCAGCCACCUGGAGCUGCUCCCAGCCCUUCAAAGUCGUCUGCGUCUACAUCGCCUUCUACAGCACAGACUACAGGCUAGUCCAGAAGGUGUGCCCGGAUUACAACUACCACAGCGAUACUCCCUACUACCCCUCCGGGUGACCCUGGGCAGGCCACAGAGGCGAGGCCAGGACUGGAAGGACAGGCCUGCCCACACAGGAAGCCAUCUGUCUGGAUACUGGGCAGGGAGAGGAAGGGGCCUCAGGCGGGGAGCGCGGGGGUGGAGAGGGCGCCAGGGCCAAGCCUCAGGUGGCGGGGAAGGGGGCGCAGGUGCUGGCCCCAGCCUGAGGCUGUGGAGCGACCAGGACACAGGAGCGCUGGCCGAGGAGUGGGUUCUCUGGGCGGCCUCCCAGGACUUCCCCAUGGAGCAAUAGAGAGAUGCUGGGUCCAGGAGGCCCCUGGAGCAAGCAGACCAAUAAAGUCAUGGAGGGGAGCCCAAGACCUUGGCUCCCUCCCUGCCAUCCUGCGGAAGAACACAGCAAGGAGAGGGCUAUUUCAUCGGUGAGGACAGCACGCGGGCACUGAAGGAUGGCGGAGCUGGGGCUUCCUGGGAGCCAGCACCGGAACUCUCCAGCCCCACCCAGUGGGCCGACCCGAGCCCUCAUCCUGGACUGUGGCUUGAGGCUGAAGUGGUGACCUGUGGAGUCUUCGAUGUCUUGACAAAGAGACCAUCUGCCCCCAGCCAGGCCACCCCUUCCCAAAAUUCCUUCUCUUGCCAUUGCUCCCCACCCCCACCCUUGUGCUGAAGGGGACCCUCGUCCUUAAGCUGAGACAGGGGGCGAUCGUAAUUCUCGCAGCACCAAGACCACACGUGGAAGCCCACCCGUGAGCCACGUGCAUCCCACUCCUUGCUGGCUCCUCGGGGAACGACCUUAUCCAGCGAGUGAGCCUUCCAUAGCCAGCCUUGCCCAUCAGCCCAGGUCUUGCCAGGACAGAGAUGCUGCCUCCCCUGUGGCCCAUGGGACCAUCUGCAGCUCGGGGCAGGGUGAGGCCACACCGCAGCGGGUGUGCUGGGCCUGUCCCGUAGUGUCUGUCUGUGGGGGUGGGGAGGGGGGAGGUUUUGUGAAAUCAUCAGUUUGUUG